AUGUCUAAAGCAGCGCAACAAACGAAAUCGGUCCUUCUCUUCGGGGACCAGACAGACUCAUGGAACGACGGGCUCGACCAGGUAUAUAAAUUGGCUGGCUCCAUGCCAUGGCUUCAGGAGUUCCUGGGCGGUUUGACUAGGACGGUGAACGAAGAGACGAGGGCGAUAGUGAUCGAUCCUUUUUUGCAGGAUAGCCUGGGUACUUUCUCCAGCUUACACGAGCUCGGUGAACGGUAUCGGAACACGACAGACGAGCUGGGCAUGGCGCAUUGCCUGCUUCUUCACACGGUCAGGGCCAGUAAUCUCUUGUUAUGGGCGAGAAGAGACGCUAGCAUCCUCUCCAACAAUGGAAACACGGAAUGGCUCGGCAUCUCGGGCGGCUUGAUCAGCAUGUCGGCGUGGGCCGUGUCGGAAGACUUCGACACCCUCCGCGCCGCGCUUCUCGAGAUAGCCCGGCUCUUGGUGCGGUUGUGCAAAUUCACAUCCAUCAAGUCCAGGUCGGUGGAAGACCGACGUGGCGUCUGGGGCUGGGCUGUCGUCGGCGUUGCCUUGGAAGACCUCAGCAAGUCACUGGAGGAGUUUCAGCAGAGUGUCGGCAUCCCGCCCUUGAAGAGGGCAAAGCCCGGCGUCACGGGUGCUGGCUGGAGCACCAUCAUCGGGCCACCCUCGGUUCUGGAGCGGUUCAUACAUGAGUGUCCGGCAAUGAAGCGCGUUGCCAAGAAUCCUCUCAAAAUUCAUGCCCUCCAACAUACAAUCGAACUUACCGAAGCAGACAUCGACUUCAUCGUCGGUGACAACAAAUCACUCCUCACCAGGGCCAUCUAUGCCACAGGUUCCAACCUGUGGGGCAUGGAUGAACCUGAUGCCACGUAUACGACUUGGGGCGACAUGCUUAGGGCCAUCUGUGCACAAGUUUUGUCCCGUGGUCUUGAUAUCACCAAAGCUAUUGGUAAGAUGACAGCUGCACUCGGCGCUGCUGAGACCGUCAGAGUCAUUGAGAUGGGGACCACCAGUCAUACCUCAUAUUUACUUGGUACUCUGGAGAAGGCCGGGAAAGUGAUAACGCUGGAGGGCGAGAGGACCUUGCUCCAGGUCGAGGAUACACGACAACCCGCCUCUCCUGUUGGCCGUAUCGCCGUCGUGGGCGUGUCGGGGCGCGGUCCGAUGUGUGGCAAUAUCAACGAGUUCUGGGACAUAAUCAUGAGCAAGACAGAUACCUGCACUGAAGUGCCUAAAGACCGAUUUGACAUCGACGAGUUUUACAGCGCAGAGCACGGUCGUGGGGAGAAGAAGUGCACAACGACCACCAGAUACGGCUGCUUCAUGGACAAGCCGGGGCACUUUGACUCUCGCUUUUUCCACAUAUCUCCGCGGGAAGCCAUGCUCAUGGACCCGUGCCACCGGCACUUCUUGAUGAGCACCUAUGAGGCGCUCGAAAUGGCCGGCUAUUCAGAUGGCAAAACCAAGUCGACAGACCCAAACCGUAUCGCCACGUUCUACGGCCAGGUCACCGACGAUUGGCACGACCAAUCCCACCCGACUCUCGGAUGUGACCCCUACACGCUGCCCGGUGUACAACGAGCGUUCGGCCCAGGCCGAGUCGCUUGGCAGUUCAACUGGGAGGGCCCGACGUACGCCCUCGACUCGGCCUGCGCCUCGACGACCUCGUGCGUCCACCUCGCCUGCAUGAGUCUCCAGACCGGAGACAUUGACAUGGCGGUCGCAGGCGCCGGCAACAUCCUCAACUACCCGCAUUCGUUUGCGAGCCUCAGUAAGUCCGGCGUGCUAUCGGACACGGGCAACUGCAAGACGUUCCGCGAUGACGCCGACGGGUACUGCCGCGGCGACUUUGUCGGAUCUGUGGUGCUGAAGCGCCUGGAGGACGCCGAGGCCGACAAUGACAAGAUCCUCGCCGUGAUCGCGGCAUCUGGGCGCAAUCAUUCCGGCAACUCGCCGUCCAUCACCACCUCGGACGCAGGUGCCCAGGAACGUCUGUUCCGCAAAGUCCUGCGCAAUGCACACGUGUCAGCUGAUGACAUCUCGUACGUCGAGAUGCACGGGACAGGCACCCAGGUCGGCGACCCGGCCGAGAUCGGCGCCGUUGGCAACCUCUUGAAGCACAAAUCGCGAGCCGACGGGCCGGUGCCCGUGGGCGGGGUCAAGGCCAACUUUGGUCACGGGGAGGGUGCUGCUGGCAUGGCCUCGUUGAUGAAAUGCAUCAAGAUGUUCGAGACGAAUACCAUCCCCCCCCAAGCGGGCAUGCCGCACGCGCUGAACCCCAAGUUCCCUCCACUCGAAAACUUGAACGUCGAGAUUCUCUCGCAGCCCAAGGAGUUCAAACGCGUGGGCAACACGCCAAGACGUAUUCUAUUGAACAACUUCGAUGCCGCUGGAGGCAACGCCUGCAUGCUGCUCGAGGAGUACAUGGGCCGGGGCCAUGUAGCAGCAGUCAAGGCAGAAGCCGCCGCGGAUCCACGAUCCAGCCAUGUCGUGGUCCUUUCUGCCCGAACACCAGCGGCGCACCUGGAGAACAGGCGCCAACUGCUCACGUGGUUGCGCGCCAACCCGGACACCAAGAUCGAGGAUGUGGCGUACACCACCACCGCCAGGAGGAUGCACCACCCCAUCCGCUUCGCGUGUACGGCUACGAGCACCAGUACGCUCGUUGCCAAACUCGAGAACGAUAUUGCCGACCAAGAUUCCUCCUCAUGGACGUCACCCUCCUCACACGUCCCGCCCGUUGUCUUUGUCUUCACCGGACAAGGCUCCCACUAUGCAGGCAUGGGUUGCGAGCUGUACAGGACGAGUGCUUCGUUCCGAGAGGCUGUCGAUCUCUGCGCGCGGAUUGGGGAACAACACGGCUUCCCGCAGUUCGUCAAUCUCAUCGCCAAUGCCGAGGCUGACAUGGCGUCCAUGACCACGACCCAGACCCAGCUAGCCGUGUUGGCUCUUGAAGUCGGCCUUGCUGCUUACUGGGAGUCGGUCGGUGUGCACCCAGAAAUGGUGAUGGGUCAUUCCCUUGGCGAGUACGCCGCUCUGUAUGCGGCAGGUGUCCUCUCUCUUGCGGACGCCAUCUACCUGGUUGGUCGGCGAGCUGGGCUUCUGCUCGACCGAUGCGAGGCCGACACUUUUGCCAUGCUGUCCGUAAGCAUGUCUGCUGCGCAUGUUCAAGCCUUCCUUGACUCUCAUCCACAGUACGCAACCUGCAGCAUCUCCUGUAUCAACAGCACGACUGGGACGGUCAUCAGCGGCAGCGCUGAUGAGAUUGGCAAUAUGCAGCAAGAUUUGGCGGCUCGCUCGAAGGCUCUCGCAGUGCCUUACGGCUUCCACUCCUUUCAGGUCGACCUCAUACUGUCCGACUACAAAACCAUCGCCGCGGGUGUCACGUUUCUGGCACCCAGGAUUCCUGUGGCAUCCACGCUGCUUGGAUCCAUUGUCGACUCCCAAGGCACGUUUGACGGGCAGUAUCUGGCUCAACAGACCCGUCAGCCCGUCAACUUUGUACAAGCUCUGAGCGCGACCACACUCUCCCCUGCAACGCAAAGGGUCAUGUCAACACUGGAGGGCCCCAACAGUUCGACCGCCUGGGCAUCGGUCUCCAAAUGUAUGGCGGCAGCCUACUUGCUGGGCAUUCCUAUCGACUGGCGCGCCUUCCACCAGCUGUACGAGAGACACCUAGAGAUGCUGACACUGCCGUCGUAUGCAUGGGACAUGAAGGACUACUGGAUCACAUUCUCCGAGGCCACGGGCGGCAGUCAGGAGGCGCUCUCCACGCAGGAUCGUACGGCUGCCCGCCAGCAGAUGAUCUCGACCUUGGCGCAGUACGUCGUCAGCGAGUCGUCGUCUACUGGGAGGACAUCGGUGACUCUGCGCGCCGCCCUCGCGGAGCCGGGCCUGAGCGCUGUGAUCGACGGUCAUCGGAUGCAGGACUUGCCGAUUCUGCCCGGAAGUGCGUUUUGCGAGGCCGCUUUUGCAGCAGCUGCUUACGCACUCGAUGCUAACGGCAAAAAGACGGACGCCAGCGUCACCAAGCUCUCGCUACGUAGCCCUAGUCUAAAGCGUCCCUUGACAAAGAGCCUUGUUGGUAGCGACGGCGAAUUGGUCACUACCGCGACCUUGAAGGAGGCUAGUAACGACAUACAGGUCUCGUGGAAGGCAACGUCGGCAUCCAAGGGUCCCACCUACGAGCUUGGAAGCUGCUCGCUGACCAUCCGCCCUGAUGUCGAGGGCCUGCAGGCUAGCUGGGACCGGACCUCGUAUUUCGUCAAGGCCCGGAUGGAUGAAAUCAUCCGGUCUGCCACAGAAGGACGGGGCCACAGGUUCCAACCAGACAUAUUCUAUGCCCUCUUCGCGCCCACCGUCCAGUAUGAUUCCGGCUUCAAGUCUAUCAAGGAAGCCUUCAUCUCCAGCGAUUUCUCCGAGGCCGCAGCGGAGAUUGUGCUCAAAGACCAUCCUGUCGGCACCCGCUUCGUGGCGUCGCCGUACUGGGGCGAGAGCGUCACCCACCUGGCUGGCUUCGCCGUCAAUGCGAACCCGCUGAAUUUGAAGACGGCCGCCGAGUCGUGCUUCAUCAACAGCGGCUUCGACAGCUUCGAGCAGACGGUCCCUUUUGAGGCCGGAAAGGUCUACCUGACAUACGUGCGUGUGCUGGAAAAGGAUGUCGAGAACAAGAUCUGCGAUGUGUUCGUGUUCGACAACAAUAAGCUGAUCGCACAGUGCUCGGGGCUCAACUUCCACAUCAUCAGCAAUGCGACGCUGAGAAAAGCGCUCGGCGGCACUCCAAGAACCCCUGGGCCUGUCACUCAGAGCGCACCCAAAACGAGUCCACAAAUGGUCGCGGAGAAAGAGGCGGCGCCAGCUGCGAACGUGGAAAUUGAGCCGGAAGAGAGGAAGCAGCCCACCGGGACGCCAGACUCCCGUCACGGGGUGUUCGACAUCAUAGUCCAGACCAUCGCUGUAGAGACGGGCGUCGAUCUGCCAGAGCUUACUGACGACACCGUCCUAGCUGACAUUGGCAUUGACUCCAUCAUGUCCAUUGAGAUCGCCUCCAAGGUUUCCGAAACCUCCGGCCUCGAGCUGGCGCCAUCGUUUCUGAUCGAGAAUGUCGUUAUCGGCGACCUGCGACGCCAGUUCGCCGUUGCGCCAUCCUUGACCCCGAGCGCAGAUUCGGACAGCCCUUCGGAGAGCAGCUGGGACAGCCGCCCCGAGACGUCGCUCAGCUUCCGCGAGGAGCCGGAGCUCAUCAGAACCGAACGCUCAACGGACGUGUCUGUUGACGCGGCGGCUGCGGAGGCGCCUAAGAACGGGCCACAGCCGGUAGGAGCCCGGCCAACAUCCGAGAUCGACGACUCGUCUCCGCCACCCAACGUAAAAAUUACACUAUUACAAGGGGCGGGUCGCUCCAGAGGCCCCAACCCGAAACAGCCACCGCCCUUUUACAUGAUUGCAGACGGCACGGGCACCAUCGCCACCUACAUCCAUCUCCCCGCCGCGAUCAAGAGCAAGGUGGCAAUCUACGGAAUCGACUCGCCGUAUCUCCACUGCCCAGCCCGUCUGACUCCGGACGUGGGCAUCUCAGGCGCCGCAAAGCUCAUCGUCGAGGCACUGCUCAAGAAGCAGCCAGCGAACAUACCUUUCUGGAUUGGGGGGUUCUCCGGCGGCGCCAUGAUGGCGUACGAGGUUUGUCGCCAGCUAUCCGGUGCCGGUCGUAGCGUCAGCGGCCUUCUUCUCAUCGACAUGUGUGCCCCGCGUCUCUCCAGCGUGCACAAUGACAAUGAGAUCGGCCUCGCAAUGUUUGAUGCAGUAUCCGGACAAGAUGACAGCGGUGUCUGGCGGGGCACAGACAACACCCGCCUGCACCUCCAGGCGCUGUUCGCAUCGGUUGCGGUCUACAACCCUCCGCCGCUGGAGAAGGGAGAGGAGCCACCGGCCCGGCGUACAGCGCUCAUAUGGGCGGAGAAAGGCAUGAUUGACCGCUGCACCCACAGCGAGCGCUUCAACCAACUGGCGAAGGAGCGUAACAUCGCCACCACGGCGUACCCGGGAUUCAUGGAGGACCCCAAACUUGGUGCCGUGAUGUGGAGUUUGCCACACAAAACGGGCGCGGAUUUGGGAUCCAACGGCUGGUAUAAGUUUGUAGGGGGCGAGCAGCUCAUGUGCAUGUCGGUUGGAGCGGACCACCUUCAGAUGGCCGCACCGAGCCAUGUAUCGUUUCUGGGGGAACAGAUGGACAGGGCAUUUGACUUUUUUCAAGAUGACUAG